UCCGCGCGAGACUCCAGAAUUUUAAGGCUGUGUGCAGAGAUUUGAAAAAUGGCAACAAAUGAAAGUGCCAGCAUCUUUAGUUCAGCGUCCUUGGCUGUGGAGUACGUAGAUUCACUUUUACCUGAGAACCCUCUGCAAAAACCAUUUAAAAAUGCUUGGAACUAUAUGUUGGACAGUUACACAAAGUUCCAGAUUGCAACAUGGGGCUCCCUGGUAGUUCACGAGGUCCUUUAUUUCUUGUUCUGUUUACUUGGGUUUUUGUUUCAAUUUAUACCUUACAUGAAGAAGUACAAAAUUCAAAAGGAUAAACCAGAAACAUGGGAAAACCAGUGGAAAUGCUUUAAAGUACUUCUCUUUAACCACUUUUGUAUCCAGCUUCCUUUGAUUUGUGGAACUUAUUAUUUUACAGAGUAUUUCAAUAUUACUUAUGGUUGGGAAAGUAUGCCAAGAUGGUAUAUGAUUUUGGCAAGAUGCUUUGGUUGUGCGGUGAUCAAGCACCUGGACACCUGGCACUAUUUUCUACAUAGGCUCUUACACCACAAAAAAAUAUAUAAAUAUAUUCAUAAAAUUCAUCAUGAGUUUCAGGCUCCAUUUGGAAUGGAAGCUGAAUAUGCACAUCCCCUGGAAACCCUGAUUCGUGGAACUGGAUUUUUCAUUGGAAUCAUUCUUUUAUGCUAUCAUGUAGUUCUUCUUUGGGCCUGGGUGACCAUUCAUUUGCUAGAAACUAUCGAUGUCCACAGUGGUUAUGACAUCCCUCUCAACCCUUUAAACCUCAUCCCCUUCUAUGCUGGUUCUCCACACCAUGAUUUCCACCACAUGAACUUCAUCGGAAACUAUGUGUCAACAUUUAUGUGGUGGGAUCUACUUUUUGGAACAGACUCUCAAUUUACUGCCUAUAGAGAAAAGAUGAAGAAGACUGAGAAAAAGACUGAGUAA